AUGAGAAGAGGCGGAUGGUCCCAUCUGCCCCCGAGGAGAAGACCCACGGCUGAGUAGGGUGGAAGACGACGUCCAGCACCCCCAGGUCUCGGGUCAGCGUGUGUCCCUUCAGUACCUUGACAGGCACCAGCAGGGGGUUCUGCAGAAGGUCACUGUGGGGACAAGGAUGACUCAGGACACAACCAGACGCCACUGCCCUGGGGAGGGGGCCAGGCAGGGUUGGCACUCACUUGUACACCAUGCCAUGGCAGACGAUGACAGUGCCGUCGUCCGAGCCUGAUGCGAAGAGUGGGUACCGGGGGUGGAAGGCCACAGCUCGCAGAGCUUUCUUGUGGUGUCUGUGGGGAGGAAGCAGCUUGAAGGCAGGCUUGGGCUAGAGGGAGGGGCUCCACUGGCCUCCACCCCCAGCUCUUCUCACCUCAGCACCCUGUAUGGCUUGGUGGAAAGGUCCAGAUCAAACCACACCAGCUUGCUGUCGUAGCUCCCACAGAUGACGUUGUCACCUAGGGCCCAAGGCUGUGAUGCAAGUGUCCACACCCCUCCCUCACCUGCCGGGUGCACGGCCCCCCACCCCCCACCUGCCAGGUGCAUGGCCCCCCCACCCCUCACCUGCUGGGUGCACAGCCAGGCUGGACACCCACUUGCAGUUGGGCAUCAGCUUCUUGGUGAGCUCCUGGCGCAGCAGGUGGUAGAGGCGGAUGCUGCGUUGGGACGCCACUAACAAGAAGGGCCGCGAAGGGUGGAAGGCUACCCGCUGUACCUGCCCGUGGCUGCGGCGGAACGGGCUCUGGCUGCGGCGACGGCUCAGCUGAUGGAUCAGCACCUGGGUGUGGCCCUGGGUGGCCAGUACCACAGCCAGGUAGUCCCCACGUCCAUGCCAGGUCACCUGCGUCGCUGGCUGCAGGAGGGCAAGGCUGGCUGAUUGGCUGAGCCGGGCCCCUCCCACGGAGCCUCACCCUCGGCGCACCCACACACCGUGCCGUGGCAGAUCCGUAGCCGCAGGCCCACUCGGCGCUCCUCCUCCGAGGCCUCCAGCCAGCGGGCGGGCUGCGAGGCAGGCUCCUCAGGCGGGAAGAAGGCACUCAGCAGCUGAUCCGUGCCGCCUGCCACCAGCCGGUCCCCCAGAGCCGGGUUCAGCAGUAGCACCGAGUCCUCCCUGUGGGCCAGGCCCAGACAGAGCCCCUCAGCACAGCGCCACCCCUGGCUCCCUUGCCCCCAGGGCUCCCUUGCCCCACUUACACGGCCACAGCCACCAGGCAGACGGUAGGGUUAGGGUUCCAGGCCACGCUCCUCACCACGCCCCCGACAGGCACAGUCCUCACACAGCGGGCAGUGGCCACCUCCCAGAGCCGCAGGGAGCCAUCGUCGGAGCCUGGACACAGCAGGGAAGGCUUUCAGCACCUGGACAUCCACCUGCCCCCAGCCGAAGGCUACCCCCAGCUCAGACCCACCUGAAGCCAGCCACUGGCCCCCAGGAGAGACACUGAGGCAGCGGACAAGGUCACUGUGGCCCCUGUAGACCUGAGAGGGCAGCGGUGAGGAGCCAGGCACGGAGGGCACAACCCCAGCCCCCCGGUCUCCGCUUAGCAGGCGAGGAGCCAGGCACGGAGGGCACGACCCCAGCCCUCUGGCCUCCACUCACCAGGGCCUGGCACGUGGGGAAGGGCUGCAGGUCCCUCGGCCGAGGCAGCUUGGGGAUGAGGUCCUCAGGGUCUACGUUCACCUGGGGCGGGAGAGCGCCAGGUCAGCCUUGCCCCAUGUGCUGCCCCCCCCCAGGCGUGCCACCCCCACACACCCUCAUCUUGCGCUGCCGAGGGCACAGGUACAGGUCGAGGCAGCGCUCGAAGCGUUCCUGGAUGAAGCGUCCGUAGGCAGGCACGGCCCGCAGGCUCGGGAACUUGCGUGGCAGAAAGUUCAGCUUCCUCUCGCUGGGCUCCUGCUGCUCCCACACUGCGCGCUGUGGAGGCCAGGGGGGACUCGGGUGAGGGGGAUCAGGAGGCGGCAUGGGGGCAGGGCCCAGACCGCCGCCGACGCAGGCCCACCUCCUCCUCGCCAAGCAGGUAUUCGGGGGGUGGGUUGUACGACUCGGCAUGGCCGGGCAACGCCAACUUGGGUGCGGGCACGUGCAUCUUGUGACGCCCCAGCACGGCGUUGGGGUCCUCCUGAGCCCACAGGUCAUAGAAGCUGGGGGUAGGGUCUCGGGGCCGGCGAGGCUGGAUCCAGCCCAUCUUGAUGGCAUGCACCAUGCGAGAGACCUGCACAGACAGCCGGGUCAGGAUGGACAACGCAGGGCGGGCGGCCCAGGCCCAGGCCCAGGGACACGGGGCGGCCCCACCUUCUCCUUCUCCACCAGGGAGGGGAUGAAGCUGCGCUUGUCGGCUGGGCGGUUGGUCACCGGGUGGAUCAUGACGUCCCCACUGAAGAAAUCGACAGCCGGCUGGGGAACAGACGUGGGCACGUGGGCCGGGGUGGCAGAGCCCCCAACGGUGCCUUCAGAACCCCCCAGGGCCAGCCGCUGCCACCUACCUCAUAGGGGUCGAAGCCUGCGUCCCCAAACUGGCCGCUCUGCAGCCGCCGCACCAGCACCACCUGCUCAUCGGUCAGCCUCAGGUCCCGCCCUGUCGUUGGGUCCUGCACGGUGCGCCUGGAGACUGCCAGUCAGACCUGCCCCACCCCCCAGGCCCACCCCGGCCGCCAGCCCUGCCCCACCAGCCCUCACCAGUAGUCAGGGUUGUCCAUCUUGUCCAGGAACUGAUCCAGCUCAUCCUGGGUCCUCAGGGGCUUGUAGAUGCACCUGCCAUCCAGGUCGUAGCCCACGUGGGGGAAGUCGUCGUACCACUCCAGGGGCACGUUGCCCACCGUGUUCCGGAUGUCCUACAGCCAGCGGGGGCCACCAUGUCAGCAUUUGACCCUACAAGGCCCAUCCCGGCAUUGGGUCGCCCAGGGGAGCAGAGAGACAGAAGCCGAGGCUUCUCCGUGGGAGCACCCCGCCAUCUGCCCCCGGCCCCUCCCCAGGCAGAACAGCCACGUUCCUGGACGCACAUUCCUGGUUGCAGCCCCUGCCAGCCGCCACCCUCGCUCUUUCCAGCCUGGGGACCGCUGCCCAGGCGGCUGCUUCCUGCAACAGUAGCCACGGGGAGGGGCCCAGGCAAGACAGAGCACAGCUGGGCGCCUGCUGCCCCCCUGCCAUAGGAGGGACCCCUUGGGCCGUGCCCCUCCCCAGAGGGCCACCCCCAGCACCUCCCCACACAACUGCCUUCCCUCUCCUCCACCUGGGAAAAGGGGGCCAUCCCCAAACUGGAGAAUGGGGGUAUGUGUAUGUCUCCUGAGGGGCCUGGUGGCCCUGGAGAGGAACAGGAGAAAAGGGGGAGAUGAGAAAGAGACACCCACGGGGAGAGGGGUCCACACAGCACAGAACAGGGGACCUGGUCAGGGCCUGGCAGGAGGCACAGUCCGUGCCAAGCCUGGAGGGGCAGGUGCAGGGCAGACAGGCAGGGACUGAGCUCUAGGCCCUUGAACGCUCGGCUGUGCCCGCCUCCUGCACACACGGCCUGGCACAGGCAGGACCUGGCGCGCAUGGAGUCAGAGACAGACAGGGUGCGGUCAGGCAGCAGGGCCAGGGCGGCUGGGUUAACACGGUUGUGCCACGGGAGAAAGUGGGGUGGUGGGUCCCGCUGACCUCCUUCCCCUCUCCUGGGGAGGGGGGGCACUGCGGUCUUGGGGCUCUGAGGAACUAUGGCCUAGAGGCCUCCCGCUUCCUCCGCAUCCCCAGAGACAGCGCGAUGCUCCAAAGACCCGCACCCCGCCCCCGCAAGCGUGGCCACAGAAGGCCCGGGGACCCGACGGGCAGCUCGAGGAGCCUCCGGGCCAGGAGGGGCGGGGCGUGCACGGGGGCGGGGCCGGGCCGCCGCUAUAAAGGCGCGGCUCGGGGCCCAGCUCCAGCCCGGGACGCACAUGUGCGCGCGGCGCCCGGCAGCUGCCACCGCGGGGCGCAGCCCGAGACCCCGCGCCUUGCCUCGGCCCCGGGUGGCCCGCGAGGCCCGCGGCGGCCGCAGGAGGCGGCAUGAGCAGCGUGCGACGGAGCUGACGCCGCGCCCCCGCUGGCCCCAUGUCCUUCGCCACGCUGCGCCCGGCGCCGCCGGGCCGCUACCUGUACCCCGAGGUGAGCCCGCUGUCGGAGGAUGAGGACCGCGGCAGCGAGAGCUCGGGCUCCGACGAGAAACCCUGCCGCGUGCACGCGGCGCGCUGCGGCCUCCAGGGCGGCCGGCGGAGGUCGGGGGGCCGGCGAGCCGGGGGCGGGGGGCCGGGGGGCCGGCCAGGCCGUGAGCCCCGGCAGCGGCACACGGCGAACGCGCGCGAGCGGGACCGCACCAACAGCGUGAACACGGCCUUCACGGCGCUGCGCACGCUGAUCCCCACCGAGCCCGCCGACCGCAAGCUCUCAAAGAUCGAGACACUGCGCCUGGCCUCCAGCUACAUCUCGCACCUGGGCAACGUGCUGCUGGCGGGCGAGGCCUGCGGAGACGGACAGCCCUGCCACUCGGGUCCGGCCUUCUUCCACGCGGCGCGCGCGGGCAGCCCCCCGCCUCCGCCCCCGCCGCCUCCCACCCGCGACGGCGAGAACGCCCAGCCCAAACAGAUCUGCACCUUCUGCCUCAGCAACCAGAGAAAGUUGGCUGUACAGCAAGACGCCAGGUCCUGUAGGGCUGCCGGAGACAUGGACCAUGGGACAUGAAGGCAGAGGCUGGCAGGAGAUGUGGGGGCCGGGGAGGUGAGGGCCCCUGCAGGAGACGCUGGCCAGCUGUGAUUUACAGCUCCUGCUGAGCUUGGUGGCACCGGAAAAGCAGGGUGAGCAGGGAGAAAAUACGGCCCGGCUUUUCCCAAUCCCCAUUUCCUCUCCAGACAGCACGCGCGAGCUCCUGGGGCCUGAACAUCUGGGAAAUUUAAUUUUACAAUUUCGGCUGUGCAGCAGUGUGCUCCCCUCCCCAAAACGCUUGGGGGAAGCUGGGGAGAGCUGGGAAGGAGGUGCCUGCCUCAGCGCUGGCCACCUGAGAUUGCACCCAGCAGGGAGGCCAGAGAGGCGCAGACUGGCGCUGGGCUCUGCCGGGCGCUGACACCCCUCCCUCCCCUCCGCAGAGCAAGGACCGCGACAGAAAGACAGCCAUUCGCAGUUAGGAGGCGGCCGGCAGACGCUACUGGGGAGGUGGACGCCCUGGGCGACCACAGACAGCCCCACCUUGGACCUGAGCUGGGCAAGGUUCGCCGUGAGCACGCCCCCAAGGCCAGCCCUGCCCUGGCUGUGAGCGGGCCGAGGGACAGACGGACGUACAGACAGGCACCGGCAGCGGGACUGCGCUGGCCCCAGCACCUGCCCGGGCCCACUGGAACUUUCUGCGCUGGCUUCGGGCCUGGGUUUUCUUCUGGCCACUGUGUGUGGGCAUCUUGUGUUUCUGAUAAUGAUAAUAUAAAGUCUGAAAAUUUUUGUAUAAUUAAAAACAAAACAGUAUCUUCCAAA